AUGGCCCUCUACUGCGGGGACAACUUCGGCGUGUACUCGCAGCCCAGCCUGCCCUCGGCCGCCGCCGCCGCCACCGCCGUCCCGGGCGCGCCCCCGGCCGCCAGGACGCCCUACGGGCUGGCCGACUACACCGCGCCGCCGGCCGCCGCCGCCAACCCCUACCUGUGGCUCAACGGCCCGGGUGUGGGCGGCUCGCCCUCCGCCACGGCCGCCGCGUACCUGGGCGCCCCGCCGCCUCCACCACCGCCACCGCCCCCCGGGGCCGCGGCCGGGCCCUUCCUGCAGUCGGCGGCCGCCACCGGCUCCUUCGGCUGCGCGCAGCGGCCUUUCGCGCAGCCGGCGCCCGCCGCGCCCGCCUCUCCCGCGGGGCCCGCCGCCCCGGCAGAUCUGGGCUGGCUGACCGGGGCCAGCCGCGAGGACUUGAUGAAGAUGGUGCGACCUCCCUACUCGUACUCGGCGCUGAUCGCCAUGGCCAUCCAGAGCGCGCCCGAGCGCAAGCUCACGCUCAGCCACAUCUACCAGUUCGUAGCCGACAGCUUCCCCUUCUACCAGCGCAGCAAGGCCGGCUGGCAGAACUCCAUCCGCCACAACCUGUCGCUCAACGACUGCUUCAAGAAGGUGCCCCGCGACGAGGACGACCCAGGGAAAGGUAAUUACUGGACUCUGGACCCAAACUGUGAGAAAAUGUUCGACAAUGGCAACUUCCGCCGGAAGCGGAAGCGCCGCUCUGAAGCCAGCAACGCCUCCACCGUGGGCGUGGGCGCAGGGACAGCAAAAUCCGAAGAGGGGCUCUCCUCCGGAUCCGGGGCCGGCGUGGGCGGGAAGCCCGAGGGGGACAGCCCCUCUCUGCUGAGGCCGUCCCAGUCCCCGGAGCCUCCCGAGGGCACCAAGAGUACUGCCUCGUCUCCCGGGGCGGCCGUGCUCACCUCCACGCCAUGCCUCAACACCUUCUUCAGCAGCCUCAGCUCCCUGAGCGUGGGCAGCAGCGGGAGCACGCCGCGCGCCGUGCCGGGCGGCCGCCACCUGGGCCUGCAGGGCGCCCCGCUGGCCCCCGGCGGCCCCUUCCCCCCCACCUCCAUCUCCGAGGCCUCGCCCGAUGCUUUGCAGCUGAGCGGCGGCGGCGGCGGCAGCAGCGGCCAGCGGCCCUCCUACUACAGCCCCUUCCCUGGCGGCAGCGGCGGCGGCCAGGGCAGCCCGUUCAGCAGUCCCUUCUACAACUUCAGCAUGGUCAACAGCCUCAUCUACCCGCGCGAGGGCUCCGAGGUGUAG